AUGUAAGCUUUAAAAAGUAGAGAGUAAUCAAAUUAACAAAAAAAGAAUAAUUAGAAUACAAAAAUCUAAUUAAUAGAUCAUUGUAUAUAAUGUACAAAUUCUUAAGUGAAUUUUUUUGGUGGAGUAUCAAUUACUUAAUAAGGUAAUCCAAAUAUCAAAAUAAAAAAUGUUACUUAAGUUCCAUGGUAUGAAGCCUAAUAAUUAAAUUAAUCAUAAUAAAAAAGGUUUAUUGAUAAAUAAACAUGUACAACUGAAGAUUAUUAUUAAAAUUGUUCAAAUGUUUUAUCUGGAUCAUAUGAUAGAUAGAUUGAAUUUGAAAACAUAAUUUAAUAUGCAAAUGAAUCUAUAGCAAUGAUGGGUGAAGCUUUAUCAAGUAGAGUGUUAUAAUAAUAUAAGGAAAAAGGGAAACCAGAAGAAUUAAAUAAACUUAUGCAUGCUAUUAAGUUUAAAAAAGAAGAUAUAGAUUAAAUUUUUAAGAGUGUUGAUUUAAAUUUAUUGAAAGAUAGUAUUGAUAAUUAUUAAUAAAUGGAAGAAUAAUUAAAAUAACAUAUAGUUGAAGUUUAGAAAUAAACAGCUGAAAAAGUAUUUCUAUAUUGUAAAUAAAUAUUUAAAGAGAAAUUUAAAAAGGGGAGAUUUUAGACAGCAGAUCAUUUUAAUAGAUAAACUACAUUAGGUAAUAGAGAAGAUUGUCGUUGUUAGAUUUAUAUUGGAGAAAUUGUUUCAUUAUAGAAUAAGACAGAAUAAUAAAUUUAAUUAAUAAAUAAAUAAACAUCAGAUUUAAAAGAGAAGGAUAGAAAUAUAUAGAGUCUUGAAUUGUAAAUCAAACUUUUUGAAAAUUAAAUCAAAUAACAUAUAUAAGAUAAAUAAGAUUUAAAAUAAAAAAUAGAUUAAUAAUAUAAUUAAUCAAGAAGAAGUACUGUAUUUUAAAGAUAAUCAAGUUUUAUGGUUAAUUUUUCAUAAAAUGAUGAACAAUAAGAUAUGUUAAUGUCAAGUCCUAAUGCAAAAAUGUUAAAGGAAGAAAGAUAAUCUUAUUCUAAAAUACUCAAAGCUCCUUCAUUAUAACCUUUUGUUUUAUAAAAUUAAGUAUAAUAAGAAACUAUUAAUAAUGAAUAAUUCAAUGAUUUAGUCAAAAAAGAUAAAAUGGUAGAAAGAUUAAUAGUUUUAACAAAUGCUUUAGAUAAAUCUAACAAAGAUAGAAGAUUAUCAUAAUUAUAAUAUGUAGUAGAAUAAAAAGGAGAAAGAUAAUUAUCAGAUAUGUUAGAUUUAAUUAAAGAUAUUGAAGAAAAUGAUUUAUUAAUUAAAGAAUAAAAAUCAUUUGGAAAUAUAUAAUUUGAUAAUGAUGAUUUAAGAUCACCAAUCAAUGCUUCUAAACGUUCCUAUUCUCAAUAAAUUAUAGAUUAAUCUGAUUAAAUUUAAAAAUAAAAAUUCUUAUCCACUAAAGAUUUAAAUACUCCUAAAGUUUUAUACUUAGAAUAAAUUAAAGAAAUUGAUGAAAAUAAACAUAUUUUACUUGUUCCAAUUGAAUAAACUGCUACAUAAGGAAAAUAUUCCAAAAAUACAAGUUAGUCUAGUUUUAAUGAUAGUAAUUAAGUAAUAGAAGAUGUUUCACCUUAAAAUAAAAAGCAAUAAAGAUUAAGAAGAACAUCAUCAAAUGUUUAAUAAAUUGUAGAAACUAAAAAUAAUAAUAAAUCAAAAAGAACCAAUUCAAUAAAAUUGAAAUCUAAAAAAAAAGUUUCAAAUUAAAAUAAUUCAAAUGAGGCUGUCUCGAAUAUUCUAUAAACAACUAGUAAUCCUUAAUUAAAUUCUGGUAUAUUAACUGAUAGAUAACCUGUGAGAUCAAUAUCUCAAUAAUAAUAAGAAUAAUAUAAGUAUGAAAGAGUAAUUGAAAAUGAAUUGAUUUCCAAUAAAAUAGCAAUUCAUAAUACUAGUCUACAUGAUAAACCUCUUAUUAAUAUUUUCUAAUCAAAUCAUAAUGUUCAAUAUCAUACACCAAAUAAUUCAUCUCGAUUAAUUAAAGUUAAAAACCAAAAUUAAGAUAAAUAAGAUAUUAAUACAAUAACUAAAUAAAUAAGCAAUCAUAAAUAAAAUUUAGAAAUUAAUAAUCCAAUUUAAUAAAAACAAUAAGAAUCAUAAAUAAUUAAUCCACCUUAAACAUAAACAAAAUUCUAAUAAUAAUUAAAUUAAUAAUAAUUUUUAAUAUAAGAAGAUCGUGAUAAAAUAACUAAGAAAUAAUAAUAAGCAACUAUUGAUAAAAAUUAAUUAUAAUAAUAUUAGUAUGUCUAAGAAAAUUAAAUAAAACCUGAUAAAGAAGUUACUUCAAUUAAUAUCAUAUCAGAAGUUAAAAAAUAAUAACAAUAAUAAAAUUAAAGAUCUAAAUUACCAAAUUUAGAAAUAGAAACAGUUGAUAAAUAUAAUAAAUCACCAAGAAAAUUAAACACAUAAAAUAAUAAUAAUAAACCAAAUGAUAAUAAAUUGAAAUGGACUGGAAUUGAAUCUGCAAAAUUUAUUACUAACAUUGAUCCAAACAUAUAAAUUGAAAAUCUAAAUUAUAGACCAUAAACAACAAUAGAUAAUGAUGAAACUAAAAAAUAAGAAGGUUAAAUAAGAGAAUAUAUUAAUAAAUAAAAGGAUGAAUAUGAAAAAAAGUAAAAAGAGGAGAGAUUAUUGUUUGACUAAGCAUUAUUUGAUUUACCAGAAUAAUAAGAAGAUCUAAUAAUUAGAAAUGCUAUGAAUAAUAAUUAAGGUAGUAUAAUUUCUGAGGAUUUAAAUGAUAAUAUUCUUAAACAUAUGUAUAAAAAUCUAAAGGAAAAUUAAACAUAGAUAACAUAAACAAUAAACAAAUUUUUUUAAAGAUCUGAUGAAUAAAAUAUAGAUUAUCCAGAAUUUUAGAAUUUUAUAAAUAAAUUUUCAAAUCUACACAAACGUUGUGGUAAAGAUUGUAUCCAUGUAACAAGGUAAAUUAUUUUACUUUUUUUAGAUUUUACAUGAGACUUGGAUUUAUACCUUUAAGAUAUCUAAAUAAACGUAAAGCUAUGAAAUUAGCCAAACCAGUUGUACUACCUUGUUUUUCCAAAUAAGGUUGA